CAGGCAAAAUGCCUCGGGAUAUUUCUUCCGGCUCUUCACGUUCUGAGUUCAAAUCCUCUGGAGGUCAACUUUGUCUUUCAUCCUUUUGGGUUUGAUAGAAUAAAAUGCUAGUACUGUGGUCGAUAGUUUCAACUAAAACCCCUCUCCAAAAUUUGGCCUUGUGCCUAAAUUAGAAACGAUUAUCUUCGUCAUCUUACGCUAAUACAUGAAGCAACAACAGUGGCCAGCGGAAGUGACGUGCAGAGAAGGUGUUGUGUGUAUUAAGCUCCAGUAAGCUUACGUUCCAUCUCUAUUUAUCCUCCUUUAUAAAGAGAGAUCGAACCUCAGAAAAACAACAGAAUAUACGUAUAUAUAUAUAUACAUAUUAUAUAUGUAUGUUUAUAGUAGGAGAGAUGGAGCAACGAACUAACACAGCUGAAAUGGAUACUGAGAAAGAUAAUGUGGAUAACAGAUGUGUCUUAGAUCCACAUUAUGAUGGACUGUUGGCAAUUGAUACGGCGUGUAGCCAGCUUUACCCAGACCAGCCAUCUCCUUUGCAAGCUGCUGCCUUGCAGAAGUUUUGGUUGGGAGGACCAGAUCCACUGGAUUAUAUCAGUAUCUACAGUAACAAUGGCAAACCUGAAGAUAACACCAUACCAGCACACUGGCAUUACAUAACCUAUGGUUUCUCUGACCUUUAUGGAGAUAACAGAGUACAUCAAUUUACAGGCCCAGGAAAACUGAGUGGAUUUGGAUUUGAACUUACUCUCAGGCUGAAGAAGAAAGGCAAUGAGGGUAACCCUCCAAUGUGGCCGGCUGCACUACUCAAUAAAUUGGCAACUUACGUCUUUCAAACAGGAAACAUUCUAGAUGUUGGAGACCAUAUACCCUGGCACAAAUCUGUGGAUGAUGACCCUAGAAGCAAAAGUACCAUUCGACACAUGUUGAUCACUGAAGACCCUGAAUUGACUUUGCUUAACACACAAUAUGGAACCCUGGAAUUCCGACAAGUAUUGGGUGUGACAGAUGAUGAAAUGAAAUCUGCCCAACACUGGCAAGGUGCUGGAAUUCUAGAAUUGCUCAAAGAAUCAAAAGGGUGA